GCGGAGUCCUAUGUGACUAAGAAUGAGAAGGCUGCGCUGACCGCUGAGCUAGCAGCCAUGACAGACCCAAUGGAACAAAGAGAGAGGGAAGACGAGCAAAAGUUAGCAUGGAAGUUGAGAAUGAAGAGGGAGAAGAAGAGGAGGAGAGAGGAAGUGAAUAAGAUGACCGCAGCAGUGCCAAGGGUGCAGGAGUGUAGAGCAGAGGUGCUGGCCCAGCCAAAUGAUAAGGCCAAGUGGGACAAGGUACUGGGCUAUCUAGAGCUGUUGAGCAAGGCCUGGAUGGAAGAGCGUCAGGCAAGUUGGCGCCAAGAUGUAGCCUUGAGUGCCAUGCGGUCAGGGUUUAGAGACUUUGCGCGCGAGAUCGCCACCCAUGUUGGGGGCGAAGUCAAACAAGUGAGAGACAAUGUCGGGAAGUUUUGUGAGGGCGCCAUUCAGGGUGCCAAAGCUGUAGCCGUCGCAAAGGGAGAGGCCACGCCCCGUAAGGACCCAGUGAAGCUUAAGUUUCCGGAUGCGUACGGGGGAAAGAAGGAAGAAAACUUUGACAACUGGAAAGCUUGUGUCAAUAGUUAUAUUUACUUGCAGUAUAUCUUGGUCGAGGAACAAGUCCUUGUGGCCUUCCAGGCCCUCAAAGAUGAAGCGGCUAGUUUUGCCAGGUCUCUUGCGCGUACAGCCGGUUGUGAAAACAACCUGGUUGCGUAUUCCAAAGUCACUCCUCUCUCCCAAUUCCUCAAGCUCCUCAAGGAGCGGUUCGCUGACCCAACGCGAGGCAUUAGAGCCUCUGAUAAGCUCCAAACGAUUCACUCUCGGCAGUGGAGGAGUGCCAAGGCACUCAAGGGUACUAUGGACGACUUGGUAGCCGUCCCGGACCACGGGGACCUGGAGAAGGGGAAGAAGUGGAAGAAUCGUACUAUCUCAGGCCAAGUAAAGGCCAAGGAUCACAUGAUCCUGACGUUAGAGGAAGGUGGUACUGAUGAGGUCCCGUAUGAUCAGAUUGAGUGGGGCCUUGAAGAUCAUGGCAGUAGUGUGGGGCAGGGGAAGUCUUACGCUGCUGUCGCGGCUGGAGGGAGGCCGCAAGGAGGAGGAGGAGGCCAGGGCCAAAGGGGCCAGGCCAUGGGAGGUCGAGGACCGGGCGCACAGGGGGUUGGCGGACAGGGAAACCGCCAAGCGGGAGCGUUCGCGCGAUUAGUAAGAAAGGAGCAGUUAGAGGAACAGGUCUUUGUGGUGUAUGUUAGACCUGUCACUGAGGGCCAAGAAAAUGAUAGUUCCGCAGAUCCAACAAUUGCCAAGCUGCUGGAAGAGUUCAAAGAUUUGACUGAGUCGCCAACAGGAGUAGUGUCGCGACCCAUCCAGCAUAGGAUAGAGAUAGAGCCUGGAAGUAGAACUUCUAAGGGUGCGGUCUACAGGAUGUCCCCUAGAGAGUUAGAGGAGCUUCGCAAAAAGUUAGACGAACUCCUUGAGAAGGGUUGGAUCAGGCCCAGUUCGUCUCCUUUUGGAGCACCMGUUUUGUUUGUCCCCAAGAAGGAAGGAGAGCUGAGAAUGUGUAUAGACUAUAGGGGAUUAAAUGCGAUCACCGUGAAGAAUGUUGAGCCGCUGCCCAGGAUAGACGAUCUUUUAGAUCGGGUGYAGGGUUGUAAGUAUUUCUCUAAGAUAGACUUAAAGUUCGGGUACCAUAAGAUAGAGGUUCAUCCUGGUGAUCAGUACAAGACUGCGUUUCGGGCUAGAUAUGGGCAUUAUGAGUUUAUAGUGAUGCCCUUUGGACUAACCAACGCGCCAGCUACUUUUCAGCGUUGCAUGAAUGACCUGUUUAGACCGUGGUUAGAUAAAUUUGUGGUAGUCUACUUAGAUGGUAUCCUAGUCUUUAGUAAGACCCUCCAGGAGCACCAGGGUCAUCUGAGGCAGGUCUUGGAAAAGCUUAGAGAGGCUAACUUCAAGAUCAAUGUGAAGAAGUGCGAGUGGGUCAAGACGCAAGUCUUGUACUUGGGCCACGUGUUGGACGGAGAUGGCAUUAAGCCAGAUGACAGCAAGAUAGCGGCGAUUAGAGAUUGCCCGACGCCCCGCACGUUGACAGAGUUGCGGUCGUUCCUAGGCCUAGCUAACUACUACAGGAAGUUCGUAAGGAACUUCUCCACUAUCGCCGCUCCCUUGCGUAGGUUGUUGAAGAAAGAGACAAUCUGGCAAUGGGAUAAAGACUGUACGUCUGCGCUAAAAAAGUUAAAGCGCGCGUUAAUAGAAUAUCCUGUCCUCAAAGUAGCGGAUCCGUCCUUACCAUUUGUCGUUACUACGGACGCAAGUCAGUAUGGGAUAGACGCCGUGCUGCAGCAAGACGACGGCAAUGGCUAUAGACCCGUAGAGUUCAUGUCAGCGAGGAUGCCCUGUGAGAAGGUCGCUACCUUCACAUAAGAGAGAGAACUCUACGCUCUCUGGCAGGCUUUAGACCAUUGGAAACA